AAGAUGAUGCUACGAGGAAACCUGAAGCAAGUACGCAUAGAGAAAAACCCGGCCCGCCUUCGCGCGCUCGAGUCGGCGGCGGGCGAGAACGACCCGGCGGCCGCCACGGCUCUGGCGCUAGCUAUGGCCGGGGAGCAGGCGCCAUCCGCCGCCGCGCAGGAGGACCACCCCGAAGAGGAGAUGGGGUUCACCAUAGACAUUAAGAGUUUCCUCAAACCGGGCGAGAAGACGUACACGCAGCGCUGCCGCCUCUUCGUGGGGAACCUGCCUACCGACAUCACCGAGGAGGACUUCAAGAGGCUCUUCGAGCGCUACGGCGAGCCCAGCGAGGUCUUCAUCAACCGGGACCGCGGCUUCGGCUUCAUUCGCCUGGAAUCCAGAACACUGGCUGAAAUUGCAAAAGCAGAGUUGGAUGGCACCAUUUUGAAGAGCAGACCUCUCCGAAUUCGCUUUGCUACACAUGGGGCAGCCUUAACUGUCAAGAACCUUUCUCCAGUUGUUUCCAAUGAACUUCUAGAACAAGCAUUUUCCCAGUUUGGUCCAGUAGAGAAAGCUGUUGUGGUUGUGGAUGAUCGUGGUAGAGCUACAGGAAAAGGUUUCGUAGAAUUUGCAGCAAAGCCUCCUGCACGAAAGGCUCUUGAAAGAUGUGGUGAUGGAGCAUUCUUGCUAACAACCACCCCUCGCCCCGUCAUUGUUGAGCCGAUGGAGCAGUUUGAUGAUGAAGAUGGCUUACCAGAAAAGCUCAUGCAGAAAACUCAGCAAUAUCAUAAGGAAAGAGAGCAGCCUCCACGCUUUGCUCAGCCUGGAACAUUUGAAUUUGAGUACGCAUCUCGAUGGAAGGCUCUUGACGAAAUGGAAAAGCAGCAGCGUGAGCAGGUUGAUAGAAACAUCAGAGAAGCCAAAGAGAAACUAGAGGCAGAAAUGGAAGCAGCUAGGCAUGAACACCAAUUAAUGCUAAUGAGGCAAGAUCUAAUGAGGCGUCAAGAAGAACUGAGACGCUUGGAAGAACUCAGAAACCAGGAACUGCAAAAACGCAAACAAAUACAAUUAAGACAUGAAGAAGAACAUCGCCGUCGUGAAGAAGAAAUGAUAAGACAUAGAGAACAGGAAGAACUUAGACGACAGCAAGAAGGUUUUAAACCAAACUAUAUGGAAAAUAGAGAACAGGAAAUGAGAAUGGGUGAUAUGGGUCCCCGUGGAGCAAUAAACAUGGGAGAUGCGUUUAGCCCAGCACCUGCUGGUAACCAAGGUCCUCCUCCAAUGAUGGGUAUGAAUAUGAACAACAGAGGAACUAUCCCUGGCCCACCUAUGGGGCCUGGUCCUUCCAUGGGACCAGAAGGAGCUGCAAAUAUGGGAACUCCAAUGAUGCCAGAUAAUGGAGCAGUGCAUAAUGAUAGAUUUCCACAAGGACCACCAUCUCAGAUUGGAUCGCCUAUGGGUAGUAGAACAGGCUCUGAAACCCCUCAAGCUCCAAUGAGUGGUGUAGGUCCUGUGAGUGGUGGUCCUGGUGGUUUUGGUAGAGGAAGCCAAGGGGGCAACUUUGAAGGCCCUAAUAAGCGUCGUAGAUAUUAAACAUUUUUAAAAUUUCUAUCUAUUUAGAAAUAAUUCAGUGGUAUGCCUUUUCACUUUCAUUUGUUACUUGGAAGAAAUGGUUUUAUUGCUAAUGUAUGUAGACAUCAAAACUUUUCUUUUGUAAAACUUGAGGUUUUGUAUUUUUCUUUAUUCAUAAGCUUUGUAGAUUAGAAUGGUGACGAUGAUCAUCAUUGUGAAUGUUAAAAUGUGUUUGUAACUUUAGUUAAUUGUAAGUUUGCCACAGUACUGUGAAAUCUGUGUAGUUAAAUCUCAAUAAAGAAAUCAUUUUGCAUUAUUU